CCGUGACCACGUGACACACUAAAUAUAGCCGGCGCGAUUCAGCGGUUCUUCCUAAUUUCCGUCAUCCAUUCUGCCACCGAUAGGCCGGGUCGAAAGUACUUAAAUAAAACAUGGCAAAGUUAAUGUUCGGAGUUUUAUUAAUUUGGACAUUGUUAAUAAAAUCAGAGGCCUCAAACUGGGGUUAUGUGGAGGACAGAGGCCCGAACCAUUGGGCGGAUCUGUUUCCGGACGCGUGCUCCGGGCAGCAGCAGUCCCCUAUCGAUAUCAGGACCCAAGAGACAAUUUAUGACCCCGGCCUCAAAGACUUUGCCGUCUUCUUCGACCCACCCAUGCCGGGAUCCAGAUUCUUUGUACACAACAAUGGACAUUCAAUUCAGGUAAACACAGAGGGCCGUUUCUACGUGAGUAACGGUGGGCUACCGGACAUCUACAGCACCGCACAGUUCCAUUUCCACUGGGGCCACCAGGCGCACCACGGCUCUGAACACACCGUGGAUGGCAUACCCGCCCCCAUUGAGAUGCACAUUGUGAACUGGAACUCGGACAGGUUCGCGUCCAUCGGUGAGGCGGCGACGGAGCCCGCUGGCCUAGCGGUCCUGGGCAUCUUGUUUGAGAUCUCUCCUAAUGACAACCCAAUCCUAGAGCCAAUCGUUAACGUCCUCACACAUGUCAGGGACCCCGACAUGAAGCUCAAGGCGGAGAUCCCGGCAGUGUCAAUGCGCACGUACCUGCCACGAGCCCACGACCGUUACUAUAGAUACAACGGCUCGCUAACCACGCCUGGCUGCUUCGAGAGUGUCGUCUGGACAGUUUUCCAUGAGAAACAAACAAUCUCCAAAAGACAGCUGCACGUGUUCCGAUCAGUUUUGAAGCCAAGCAAUCACCACAGAGGGCGAAGGUCCCUUAGGUCAAGGGGAAUCCGCAGAUUUGUGGAUGAAGUUGGUAUCAACGGUAACUUUGAGGAGACGGAACGUCUUAGGAGACAGCUGGAAGCGAAGGCCACACAGACCGACGGAAUGGCUGCAGCCGAGGAUGUUGUCGUAUACGAAGAACCUCCCAAACAGCCGAUGCAGAAUUUAACCACCACACCAACUACCCGCCAUCAUUCUAACCAUAAGCCGCAUGAAGCAAAGCCUGAACCAAUCAGCGCUCUGCCUGGAACAGGUGCCCAUGACAUCAACAUGACGAAAGCAGAACAGGUGCGCAAAAUGCUCGUCAACAACUACAGGCCAGUUCAGCCACUCAAUGGAAGAGUCGUGUUUAGGAGCUUCCCGUUCUUUAACGAGCCAAUCAAACAAGACACUGAAGUUGUAUAUAUUGAUAUACAUGAGUCAGAAAAGGGCGGAUCGUCUUUCAUUGUUGGGUCUUUUACAACUAUUCUUUGUUCCGUUUUAAUUUUGAGAAUUUGGUAGCAACACUUAUCAAUGCUUUAGUGUGACAUUUCAUAAUAAUCAUUCCAUUCCCCACAUACAAACUGACCUAAUCAAUUCAUUAGAAGUCUGACUUAAAAUAUUGCAUCCGGAGAUCCUCGGCCAUUUUUAUCGAAAAACAACCUCGGAUGUUUGUCGGUACAGCACGUCAGAUGAAGUAGGUCGUAAAAUUUUGAACUAUAUCAUUAAUUUAAUUUAGUGUUUCAGCUUAAUCUAAGUUUAAAUUGAUUGUCAGUGAAGUGUAUUAUUGCAUUGUCAGUGAAGUGUAUUAUUUCAAACAUAAUUUAGAUUUCCAAAGAGUAAAGUCAUUAAGUUUAACUGCUGAAUUAUAUUACUACGCGAUCUACUUGCAGCGGACUUAAAGUGUACCGAUUUCUGACAUUGUAAACCGUCCAUAUACAUCCGAGGUUGUUUUCGAUAAAAAUGGCCGAGGAGUCCCAAACGAAAUGAUUGAAAAUGAAAGAAAUAGGACUUGUAUACGUUCACUGUGUUAUUAUAUAACAUAUGGCGAUGUUUAAAGAGUAUUAUUCAAACUGGUGCCAUUUCAGUAUCGUAAAUUGAUCAAAGCACUAUAAAACAACUGAACAUUUAAUACAUACGGGUUUAGAACUGGCUUUUCUGGAUUUGACAAACUUGGAUGCAUGAAUAUUCGCAUGCUGUGUUGUAUAUGAAAUAUAUGUGUUAUAUAUUAUACGCGAAUGAUCAUUUUCAGUUGUAUAUCACGUGACGAAAACACCAUACUCUCGUUACCAUAGUAACCAUUUCAUAUUGUAGUCAAGAAAAGAACAACUAUGAAUAUUAUACUACUAUUAUUUGUUUUGUAUGAUACUAUUAUUUCCUAGAUGUAUAUAUUUCAGUGUAUAUAUUUGGACAAUUUUACACCACAGUAUGUUUACUUAUGUUUGCCGUGUUUUAAUAGUUAUUUUAAUGUUUUAAAAUAAAACAUAAAAAACA